CUGAGGAUGACCCUGACUGAAAGGCUGCGUGAGAAGAUAUCGCGGGCCUUCUACAACCAUGGGCUGCUCUGCGCAUCCUACCCUAUCCCCAUCAUCCUCUUCACAGGGCUCUGCAUCUUAGCCUGCUGCUACCCGCUGCUGAAGCUUCCCCUGCCUGGAACGGGCCCUGUGGAAUUCACCACUCCAGUGAAGGAUUACCUGCCUCCACCCGUGGACUCUGACCACAAACAAGGAGGGCCAACUGAGCAGCCGGAGUGGUAUGUGGGCGCCCCAGUGGCAUACAUCCAGCAGAUAUUUGUGAAGUCCUCAGUGUCCCCCUGGCACAAGAACCUCCUCGCGGUUGAUGUAUUCCGCUCACCUCUGUCCCGGGCGUUCCAGCUGGUGGAGGAGAUCCGGAACCACGUGUUGAGAGACAGCUCUGGGACCAGAGCCCUGGAUGAGGUGUGUCUGCAGGUGACUGACCUGCUGCCAGGCCUCAAGAAGCUCCGGAACCUACUCCCCGAGCAUGGCUGCUUGCUGCUGUCCCCUGGGAACUUCUGGCAGAAUGACCGAGAACGCUUCCAUGCCGAUCCUGACAUCAUCAGGACGAUCCACCAGCACGAGCCCAAAACCCUGCAGACAUCGGCCACGCUCAAAGACUUGCUGUUUGGGGUUCCAGGGAAGUACAGUGGGGUGAGCCUUUACACCCGGAAGAGGAUGGUCUCAUACACCAUUACCCUGGUCUUCCAGCACUAUCACGCCAAGUUCCUGGGCAGCUUGCGUGCGCGCCUGAUGCUCCUGCAUCCCAGCCCCAACUGUAGCCUCCGGGCGGAGAGCCUGGUCCACGUUCACUUCAAAGAAGAGAUUGGCAUCGCUGAGCUCAUCCCCCUCGUGACCACCUACAUCAUCCUCUUUGCUUACAUCUACUUCUCCACGCGCAAGAUCGACAUGGUCAAGUCCAAGUGGGGGCUGGCCCUGGCCGCCGUGGUCACUGUGCUCAGCUCACUGCUCAUGUCCGUGGGGCUCUGCACUCUCUUCGGCCUGACGCCCACCCUCAAUGGCGGAGAGAUCUUUCCCUACCUGGUGGUGGUGAUCGGGCUGGAGAAUGUGCUGGUGCUCACCAAGUCCGUGGUCUCGACCCCCGUGGACCUUGAGGUGAAGCUGAGAAUUGCCCAAGGCCUAAGCAAUGAGAGCUGGUCCAUCAUGAAAAACAUGGCCACGGAGCUGGGCAUCAUCCUUAUUGGCUACUUCACCCUGGUACCUGCCAUCCAGGAGUUCUGUCUUUUUGCUGUCGUGGGCCUGGUCUCCGACUUCUUCCUUCAGAUGCUGUUUUUUACCACCGUCCUCUCCAUUGACAUUCGUCGGAUGGAGCUGGCAGACCUGAAUAAGCGGCUGCCCCCCGAGGCCUGCCUGCCUCCCGCCAAGCCAGUGGGGCGGCCAGUGCGCCACGAGCGGCAGCUGACCACUCGGCCGUCCACACCCCACACCAUCACACUGCAGCCGUCGUCCUUCCGCAACCUGCGGCUCCCCAAGAGGCUGCGUGUCAUCUACUUCCUGGCCCGCACCCGCCUGGCACAGCGUCUCAUCAUGGCUGGCACUGUGGUAUGGAUUGGCAUCCUGGUGUAUACAGACCCAGCAGGGCUGCGCACCUACCUUGCUGCCCAAGUGACAGAGCAGAGCCCUCUGGGCGAAGGGGCCCUGGCUCCCAUGCCUGUGCCCAGCGGCGUGCUGCCCGCCAGCCACGCAGACCCUGCCUUCUCCAUCUUCCCACCUGAUGUCCCUAAGCCCACCGAAAACCAGUCUUCACCCGGGGAGCCGCCUGGGCCAAUGGGGCCAGCAGAGGGCAUCCAUGACGGCCCAGUUCCAGAGGUGACCUGGGGGCCUGAGGAUGAAGAGCUUUGGAGGAAACUGUCCUUCCGCCACUGGCCGACACUCUUCAGCUACUACAACAUCACCCUGGCCAAGAGGUACAUCAGCUUGCUGCCUGUCAUCCCUGUCACCCUCCGUCUGAACCCACGGGACGCCCUGGAGGGGCGGCAUCCAGAGGAUGGCCGGAGGGCGUGGCCGCCUCGAGAUCCGGGCCCUGCACGCAGUGGGCUCUGGGAGACUGUUCCCGAGGGAGCUGCUGGGGCCCAGCCCCACGGAGACAUCACCUUGUACAAGGUGGCGGCGCUCGGCCUGGCCACGGGCAUCGUCCUGGUGCUGCUGCUGCUCUGCCUCUACCGCCUCUUCUGUCCACGCAACUACGGGCAGCCCGGGGGGCCCGGCCGGCGGAAGCGGGGGGAUCUGCCAUGUGAUGACUACGGCUACACGCCACCCGAGACUGAGAUCGUGCCCUUGGUGCUGCGUGGGCACCUCAUGGACAUCGAGUGCUUGGCCAGCGACGGCAUGCUGCUGGUGAGCUGCUGCCUGGCGGGCCACAUCUGUGUGUGGGACGCGCAGACCGGGGACUGCCUCACCCGCAUCCCGCGCCCGGGCAGGCAGCGCCAGGACAGUGGUGUUGGCAGCGUGUUUGAGGCUCAGGAGAGCUGGGAACGGCUGUCAGACGGCGGGAAGGGUGGCCCAGAGGAGUCUGGGGACAGCCCUCCACUGCACCACCGACCCCGGGCCCCUCUGCAACCCUCCCUCUUCGGGGACCAGCCAGACCUCACCUGCCUCAUUGACACCAACUUCUCCGCACAGCCGAGGCUGCAGCCUUCAGAGCCCAUGCACCCUGAGCCCCGGCAUCGGGUGGGCUGCCGGGCUCGGGACUCCAGGGGCUAUGACUUCAGCCUCCUGGUACAGCGUGUAUACCAGGAAGAGAGGCUGGCUCCUGUUCAUGCACCAGCCCUGCGCCCACCCUCACCUGGGCCUGCCCUGCCCCCAGGCCCUGAGGAGGAGGGGGGCUCACCUCCAGAGAAGGGAUCCUCUUGCGCCAUCUGGGCCCCCAGCACACAUGGCUCCAUUUGGAGCCUGGAGCUGCAAGGCAACCUCAUCGUGGUGGGCCGGAGCAGUGGCCGCCUGGAGGUGUGGGAUGCCAUUGAAGGGGUGCUACGCUGCAGCAGUGAAGAGGUCCCCUCGGGCAUCACGGCCCUCGUCUUCCUUGACAAAAGGAUUGUGGCUGCCCGGCUCAAUGGUUCCCUUGACUUCUUCUCCUUGGAGACCCACACUGCCCUCAGCCCCCUGCAGUUCAGAGGAGCCCCUGGACGAGGCAGUGCCCCCACGUCCCCUGUGUACAGCAGUCGUGACGCGGUGACCUGUCGCCUCACCCACACGGUGCCCUGUGCACACCAGAAGCCCAUCACUGCCCUGAAGGCUGCAGCUGGGCGCCUCGUGACUGGAAGCCAAGACCACACACUGAGGGUGUUCCGUCUAGAGGACUCGUGCUGCCUCUUCACCCUGCAGGGCCACUCGGGGGCCAUCACUGCCGUGUACAUCGACCAGACCAUGGUGCUGGCCAGUGGAGGACAAGAUGGGGCCAUCUGCCUGUGGGACGUGCUGACCGGCAGCCGGGUCAGCCAUGUGUUUGCUCACCGGGGAGACGUCACCUCCCUCACCUGCACCACUUCUUGUGUCAUCAGUAGCGGCCUGGAUGAUCUCAUUAGUAUCUGGGACCGCAGCACUGGCAUCAAGCUCUAUUCUAUUCAGCAGGACCUGGGUUGUGGUGCAAGCUUGGGUGUCAUCUCGGACAACCUGCUGGUGACCGGCGGCCAGGGCUGUGUCUCCUUUUGGGACCUCAACUACGGGGACCUCUUGCAGACAGUCUACCUGGGAAAGAACAGUGAUGCCCAGCCUGCCCGCCAGAUCCUAGUGCUGGACAAUGCCGCCAUCGUCUGCAACUUUGGCAGUGAGCUCAGCCUGGUGUACGUGCCCUCUGUGCUGGAAAAGCUGGACUGA